CAACUACAUUACUUCCAACCUUGUACCACUCAUAUCACACCCUCAUCGCAGUUGUCCAGGACGUUGACACCCUGAAGAUGCGGUAUCUACUCGGCCGAUGAUAGCACGUCUCGAAAGAUGCGACUCCGACAUGUUGCACAAUCGAGUCUGGUCCGCAUUCAUCGCCGCUAUCCAUGGACCCGUCACAUCACCACCACCACCCUCCUCUUAGCCGCCUUCUGGCUGUUCCUCAUCCACUCCAAAGAACGGACGCUGUCCCGAUCACACAUCCAGUCAUGUGAUUGGAAGCAGUGGGAAGAAUGGCACUCCGAUGCUACUCCUCACCGAUCAGUCUUCAUUGCUGAUCCGCAGCUGGUGGAUCCUCAUACAUAUCCGGGGAGACCAUGGCCUCUGUCCAGUCUGACCGAGUACUACACCGACCUGUACAUGCGGCGACACUUCAAGCUGAUCAACGAAGUGCUGGAUCCCGACAGCAUCGUCUUCAUGGGAGACCUCCUCGAUGGAGGUCGAGAGUGGAGUACGCAAAAGGCGAAGGCGUUGAACAGUAAGCAGAGGGAGGUGCUGAUCAAUCUGUUGAUUCUGGACCGAGACAGGAGGGAAGGACAGCGACUGCUCGGCGAUGGCACUACCGAUUUGAACAGGUUCGUGCCCGGUGAGAAUGGGAGGUGGAACAAGUGGAAGCAGGGGCAGUGGGAUAUCGAGUACGACCGCUUUGCGAGAAUUUUCCUGGACGAAAAGCAACUAUACCCCAAUGCGAACCGUACCUUCGAGCCUACCUGGGAAUUGCCGGAGAGCCCUGUGAGCAUCAUGAAUGGUGCUCGCAACAUCACUUGGCGAGAGUAUGCCACUGGCGGCACUAAGAGCAGGGUGGUGAAGAUGAACCUGCCUGGCAACCAUGAUAUUGGCAUCGGCAGUGGAGUUCAGGUGACUGUAAGAGAUCGUUUCGAGACUCGCUUUGGAGAGGCGAACAGUGUGUAUGUGCUUGGGAACCAUACAUUUGUCAGUCUAGACACACCUUCUCUGAGCGCAUACGACGAAUACGUGCCGGACGUGGGCGAGGUCAGUGAGGAGCGAAGGACACAGUACUCCCACAUUUGGACACCAACGAACGACUUCUUGAACGGCUUGGACAAGAGCGGACCAAAGGCUGUCGCCGAUGAGCUGGAAAUGAUGUUCCCUGGAUCGCAUCCUCGGAAAUUGUGGCCGCACGAUGCCAUUGAGCAUAAGGAUGAUAGAGGCAUCGGGGAAAAAUUGAAGCCGGCAGCAGGUCAGCUCAUGAAGCGCGGAGACGAUCAAUGGCAACUAGUAUCCUCGCCCACUCCCAAGAAGCCCACCGGACCUCAAUUGCCCGUUGUGCUGCUUUCCCACGUUCCUCUCUAUCGCAACCCGGACGUCGAUUGCGGCAAGCUGCGAGAACGAGGCCGAUCCAUCCCUCUGGCCGCCGGCUACCAAUACCAAAACGUCCUCACGCCCUCACUUACCAAAAUCAUUGCCAAGAAGGUAUCCACAGCAGGCGAUAUUGCGCACAUCUUCUCUGGCGACGACCACGACUACUGUGACGUGACACAUCGAUUCAACGUCGGGCGCUACGACGUCGACACGAAGAAGGAACGCGCUGUGAUGCAGACGGUGCGGGAAGUCACCAUUAAAAGCUUUAGCUGGGCGAUGGGUGUCAGGAAGCCUGGCUUCCUGUUGGUCAGCAUGUGGAACCCCGUCGAUGAGAAGGGAAAGCAUAUCGGAGAGUGUAUGAGUGGUAUGGACAGCGGCUGCAAGACAAUCCAAACCGAGCUCUGUCUCUUACCGGACCAACUGAGCGUUUUCAUCUCCUACGCGCAGUUCCUCGGCCUUACUACUCUGGUUCUCCUGGUGCGUGCUGUCGUGAUCGGCAUUCGAAACUUACCGGACACAGCAGAUGAGGACGAGAACGAGCUCCAUGUGGAUCUCAAUGCCGUGCGUGAGAAGAUGGGGCUGCCUCGAUACACUCCUCGUGGCAAGCCUGGUGGUCGCACGGGCUCCAUCAGUCCUCGAAAGCCUUCGCCCAAGCGAGACGAGAAGUUUGGUGGCAGAGGACGAGCAAGCUCCACUUCUACAGGCUCAGCGAAUGCUUCGAGCACAAGCAAUCAACAUCUCAGCGUUCAACGCUCCUACAACGCUCGAACUCGCACCGUAUCACCAGCAGCUGCAGGCUCCUUGACACCCAAUCACUCCGGCUACGUCCUGCCCAACCUACACGAAGCCAAUGGGAGAAUAAAUGGUGGAGCUGGCCUCAUCGAAAAAGCGGGUUACUACCCUGCCAUGAGAUGGAGAGAUCCCGAUGAAGACGAGGAGAGCGACGAGGAGUCACAUAUGGGGAGCCAGUACGGUGACUUUGACAGUCAGGCCAAAGGAGGCAAAUUGGGCAAAAGAAGGCCGAAAUCUCGGGCUCGGAGGGCACUGGAUGAGUUUGUGAUGAGCGUGGUACUUGUUGCAAUACCUGCCGCGUUGUGGUAUGGAUUUUUGAUCAGAAAUGGGUGACAGUACCACUCUGAUGAGAUUGGUAUAACCGGUAGCAAUUCGUCUACUCUGAACACUUUUUGCCAUUUCACCAGCUUCGAACCGUUCUCGUUCUGUUUCCAUUGUGCUUUUGCAUUUCUGAUCAAACUCCGCAAGCGUCCGUCCGUAGACAUGCGAGAAGCCCAGAUCACUAAU